AUGUCCGAUUUCAAGCUCUCUGCUCAGCUGGCCGCUCACAGCGCUGAUGUUCGACACGUUUGUUUCCCCAGUCCGGAGCUCGUCUUCUCUGCCGCCAGAGACUGUACCGUCCGCGCCUGGAAGCGAACAGCUGCCGCUCCCCCGAAUUUCGAGCCUUCCGUCGUCACCCAGGGAUCCGAGUUCUACAAUAGCCUGGCAUACCUGCCACCUUCUCCCGACUACCCGGAUGGCCUGGUCGUCUCCGCCGGCACAGACACCAUUAUCGAUGUCAGAAGAGCCAACUCUACGCCCUCUGACAAUGCCGAGCGCUUACUCAUUGGUCAUGCCCGAAACGUGUGCGCCCUGGCCGCCCUCCCCGGCGGCAAGCAUAUCGUGUCCUCCAGUUGGGAUAAGACAGCCCGGAUAUGGAGCGUUGAUAAGUGGGAGACGGAAGCGGUCCUAACCGGGAAUGAGGAGGCAGUGUGGGAUGUUCUGCCUUUGGACGAGCAAACCAUUGUGACCGCCUCCGCUGAUAAGAACAUCCGCAUCUACGACCGCCGAAAGGUAGUGGCCGGCCAGCUUGAGCCCAGGUCGACUAUAUACACCCCAGACGUCGUUCGCGCUCUAUGCGAAGUUCCGAAAGGCCACGCCAGCGGCGCCGACUUUGCUAGCGCGAGUAACGACGGAAUCAUUCGCCUGUGGAAGCUAAGUGGCCAGCAAGUCGGCGAGCUUCGCGGCCACGAGAGCUUCAUCUAUUCCCUCGCGACCCUACCAUCCGGAGAGCUGGUUAGUUCCGGCGAGGAUCGGACAGUUCGCGUGUGGGAAGGAACGGAAUGCAUUCAAACUAUUACGCAUCCGGCCAUUUCGGUCUGGACCGUCUCCGUAUGUCCCGGGAGCGGGGAUAUCGCGACGGGCGCUAGCGACGGGGUCGUUCGCAUAUUCUCUCGUAGCCCCGAACGUCUGGCAAGCCCCGACACGCUGGCACAUUUCGACGAGUCAGUCAGGUCUUCUUCGAUACCGCAGCAACAAGUUGGCGGGAUCAACAAGGAGAAGCUCCCAGGGCCGGAUUUCUUGAAGAACAAGUCGGGCACCAAGGAGGGGCAGGUGCAGAUGAUAAAAGAAGAGAAUGGUUCCGUUACAGCGCAUCAGUGGUCGAUGGGCCAGCAACAGUGGAUCAACGUUGGAACAGUAGUUGAUUCAGUCGGCAGUAGCGGCCGCAAGACGGAGUACAAUGGACAGUCUUACGACUACGUCUUUGAUGUCGCCAUCGAAGAGGGCCAGCCUUCUCUAAAACUUCCCUACAACUUAUCUGAGAAUCCCUACACCCGAGCUCAAAAGUUCAUCGACGACAACGAGCUUUCGCAGAACUUUUUAGACCAGGUCGCGCAGUUCAUCGUCAGCAACACGCAAGGAGCUACGAUCGGCCAGAGUUCAGGAGAUUCAGGGGGGGCAGACCCUUACGGUACGGAGUCUCGGUAUCGACCAGGCGACGACACCAGUGAUUCAAAAAGCAGAGUUAUACCGCAUCGCGAAUAUCUUGAUAUCACUGCUGCUAAAUAUGAGCCAAUAUUCAAGAAGAUCUUGAGCGUAAACUCGUCACUAGUAGCCUCUGGGCGCAAGGACUAUUCUCUCAACCCACCUGCCCAGGAAGUUCUGUUAACAGUACGGCAGAGAUUAGAGGCGAAUCAGCCGAUAGGUGAUGAAAACUCCAUCGCGCUGGUGGUUAGGUUGUGCACGCAGUGGGACUAUCCGGACCGACUAGCGCCUCUCGAUCUUUUGCGUUGCAUCGCGACGUCUCCUGCCGCUGCCAGGUUCAAUUCAGCGGACCUUAGUAUCGUUCAGAUGGUCGUUGAUGCUGCUCUCGAAGGCAUGCCAGCCGGCAGCCAGCCGAACGAGAAUUGUGCUAUGAUGGCAGCUCGCACGCUUACCAACUUAUUCAAGUCGACGGAGGGCCGAAAGCUGCUUGCGCAACCAUCGGAAGCAUUCAAAGCCGUGUCCUUCAUUGACCGAGUGUUAGGCAUUGGUGGACAGGCUCCGAUUGGCCCCUUUAACCGCAACCUGCUGAUCGCUUUAACGACAACCAUAGUAAAUUUUGCCGCUUUAGCGUCCAGGGAGCCGGGGAGCGUGAGAACCAGCGUGCAGGUCCGCCUAUUUACGGCCCUCACCCGGAUUCUUCAGAAGCAAACCGACGGAGAGGUUCUGUUUCGGGCACUGGUGGCCGCGGGGACUCUUAUCACCGUGAUCGGCAAGACCGCCCCCGAAGCGAAGAGCCUGGUCGCAUGCAUAGGAUCAACCAAGGAUCGUGUUUCCGAGCCAAGGGUAAAGGAGGUUGCGGAGGAAUGUUUAACGCUACUGAGAUGA